UGACAAAGCAACAUCUGUGACGCGUAACUGGAGCUGGGCGCAGUGAGACUUCUUUCUGAACCAUGGACUUCAGCAAAAUCGCACUCUACAUUUUGUUGCCGAUUGUUCUUCUGUGUGUCUUUUCGCUAUGCUGUUAUUUUUGCAAGACUAGGAAAAGGGACUCAUUUCAGAGCAACAGCAGCCAGAGGGAAAAUCAUCCGUUUCAACAUACCAGGGCGGCCGUUACCUCAUCCCCGUCUUCCGGUAACACCAGAGGUUCCCUAAAUCGCUCUCCGUCAUUAUGCGUUGGAAAGAAGACUGACUCUCCGACUAGGCAUGUUCCCCAGCGCUCUUUUAUAACGUUUUAUAGGAGGGAUGACGGCACCGACAACUAUGAAGAGACCCGGUCCUGCGAACUAAAUUCUCCUAGAGAGUUAGUUCAAGGAAAUUACUUUUUCCAGAGUGAACCUCCGGCAUAUCUCGCACCUCGGGUCCCAUCUACAGAAAACCCUCAGAUGAAGUCCUCAAUUCGAGUAUCUUGCGCCCCUACUCCAGGAGGACUUCCACCUCAGCCUCCUACUCCAGGAGGACUUCCACCUCAGCCUCCUACUCCAGGAGGACUUCCACCUCAGCCUCCUACUCCAGGAGGACUUCCACCUCAGCCUCCUACUCCAGGAAGACUUCCACCUCAGCCUCCUACUCCAGGAGGACUUCCACCUCAGCCUCCUACUCCAGGAGGACUUCCACCUCAGCCUCCUACUCCAGGAGGACUUCCACCUCAGCCUCCUACUCCAGGAAGACUUCCACCUCAGCCUGCUACUCCAGGAAGACUUCCACCUCAGCCUCCCACCCUAGGAAGGCUUCUCCCCCAGCCUCCUACCCCAAGAAGGCAUCCCCUCCAGCCUCCUACCCCAGGAAGGUCUCUCCCCCAGCCUCCUACCCUAGCAUGCCUUCUAUCUCAACCCCCAACCUUGCUAGAUAUUCCACCACAGCCUCCAUUCACACCAAAGCUUGGUUCUAAGACUCAGCUCUCGCCUGCAGAAAAACUCCCACUACCUCCUCGUAGCCAACCGUCCCCGAGACCUGAGAGGCACGUAAUCGCCAACGGAGAUGGCACUGCGAGAAUUGUAAUUGUGUUUCCUUCUGAGCAAGCCACUGAGACUCCCCAAUGGGCACGACCCAUAACGCAAGCAUUUCUCGAAAUCAACAAAAAUAUCGAAAUCAAAUUUAAAACAUGUGCGAGAAUGUGAGGAUGCCCUUAGAAGUUACAGCCAGUUUGUUAUUUUUGUUACUGUUAUUGAUAUUAUUAUCAUUAUUAAAAUCAGUACAAAAAUAAUCUGUAGACGGUAACGCCUCAGAUAAAGGAAGACUAUCGCGGAAAACGCCGCUCAGUGUUCCCAAUUUUCAGCUCUAUCUACCCGUGGAUACCGAGGUGAACACAAUGUUUCUCGGGGGUGUUGAGGGGCAGAGCCUCCCUCAAGCUUCCCCUCGGGCAGUCACUCCGAGUCGGUCGCUAGAUUGUUGAAUCAAAUUUGUGACGUGGAGUUUGAUGCAUUCGUAAGGUAAAAAUUAAUUUAUUGUUGUUGUUGUUGUUAUUAUUAUUAUUAUUAUUAGUAUCAUUAGUAGUAGUAUCACUAUAAUUAUUAUCAUCAUUACUAUUAGAAUUCCAUUGUUAUUAGUAUCAUCAUUACUAUCUUUCUUAUCUUACAUUUUAUCGAGGCAAAGAUGCACUUGACAGGUUGGUUAACUGAUGCGACGUUAUAAAGCAUACUUAUUUGACAGUGGACACAACUUCAUUACAACAAUUUGAAAUUAAAUUAUGUUAAUUGGAUAUGCUACAUUAGUUUAUCAUCGCCAGCCUUAUAAGUACACCUUCGCUUACAGGAAAGACAUGACAGACAAGGAAAACUGGAUAAUUUUUUUUUUUUUUUUUCUAUGUAAAGCCGCGGUGAUUUUGUCGAACUUUCUUUUCUAACCUUAAUUCAUUUCAAUUAUUAUUUGUUGUGUGUUAUUCUGUACCUUUGAUUGUUAAUCCACUUUAUAGAUCUUUAAUUGUGAUUAGAAAGAACCUUAUAUAACAGAUUUUUUUUUUUCAAAAUGUUACAUUACUUUACAAGGAAUAAACUAUGCUUAUGGUAUGUUUUGAUAACCUUUCAAUUUCCUUUCUCAACGAAAAGGUGAUCGAAAAUUAAACCAGAUAUUUUCAUCUUAACUGCCAUUAAUUUUAUUCAUCAAUGAAUCAGUCCCUGCCAUAGUCAAAUAUUUUUUUUUGUUUUGUUUUUUGCCGUAUCAGAGCCUGACGUUGGCGACCAUGUUUAAUUUCAUGGUUGUACAAGGGAGUGUACGAAGGUGGUUUCCCGUUGCCUUCCUUCGGGUGAUUGAAGAGUUAACCAUCUCGCUUACCAUUAGAUCCUCUGCUUGCAUUUCUGUAACCAUUGUCUUUUGGCGUCGUAGCUCUUCCGCUGAUCGUGUUGCCUCUGCACCGUGAUCACCCGAUUGGAUGCUCUUCCUAAUCAACCGCGGUUCGGUGCUAUUAACACCUGUAUCACGGCGGCGACUUCCCCUACGACACCUA